AUGUCUCACCAGAAAAAGCAGCCCACCCCUCAGCCCCCAGUGGGCUGUGGGAAAACCUCCGGCGGCGGCUGCGGCGGCGUCUUCUACAGCGGCGGCGGCGGCGGCGGCGGCUCCGGUAGCUGCGGCGGCUCCGGGGGUGGCGGCGGCGGCUCGGGUGGAAGUGUCAAGUAUUCUGGAGGCGGCGGCAGCUCCGGCUGCGGCGGCGGCUACUCUGGCGGCGGCGGCGGCGGCUCUGGUGGAAGUAUCAAGUAUUCCGGGGGCGGCGGCAGCUCCGGCUGCGGAGGCUACUCCUCCGGCGGCGGCUCCGGGGGCGGCUGCUACUCCAGCGGCGGCGGCUCCUCCGGGGGCGGCUGCUACUCCAGCGGCGGCGGUGGCUCCUCCGGCCAGCAGGUCCAGUGCCAGAGCUACGGGGGCGUCUCUAGUGGGGGCGGCUCCGGCUGCGGCGGCAUCAUCUCCGGGGGCGGCUCCGGCUGCGGCGGCAUCAUCUCCGGGGGCGGCUCCGGCUGCGGCGGCAUCUCCUCCGGGGGCGGCUCCGGCUGCGGCGGCAUCUCCUCCGGGGGCGGCUCCGGCUGCGGCGGCAUCUCCUCCGGGGGCGGCUCCGGCUGCGGCGGCAUCUCCUCCGGGGGCGGCUCCGGAUACUUCUCGUCCUCCCAGACCUCCCAGACUCCGUGCUUGCCCCAGCAGAGCUACGGAGGGGGCUCAUCCGGCGCCGGCUGCGGCGGCGGUUCCUCCGGGGUCAGCGGCUGCGUUUCCAGCGGUGGGGGCGGCAGUGGAUCCGGCUGCGUGGGAGGCUCCUCCGGGGGCGGCGGCGGCUGCUUCUCUAGCGGUGGGGGCGGCAGCGGUUCCGGCUGCGGCGGCGGCGGCUCCUCCGGGGGUGGUUCCGGGGGUGGCAAGGGCGUCCCAGUCUGCCACCAGACCCAGCAGAAGCAGGCGCCUACCUGGCCAGGCAAGUAAGGCCCCCCUGGACACCACGGAGACGAAGA